AUGUACUCGUUGAAGACAAGGUAUGAUAUUAAACUCUAUCGGUCCAAUUCUUUCUUGGUUGGUGCAAAGUGUUGCUACGUUGAUGAUGAUGGUGUUCCGUGUCCUUGGAGAGUCUAUUGCUCAUAUGAGAAGAGGAAGCAUAAGAUGCAAAUUAGAGUUUAUGUGAAUGAGCAUGUAUGUGUUAGGUCAGGGUAUUCAAAGAUGUUGAAGAGGUCUUCUAUAGCUUUCUUGUUUGAAGAAAAGCUUAGACUAAAUCCGAAGCUUACAAAAUAUGAGAUGGCUGCUGAGAUUAAGAGAGAGUAUAACUUAGAAGUAACUCCAGAUCAGUGUGCAAAGGCGAAGACCAAGAACCCUGGCUCAGAAUUUGAGAUUGAGACAGUUCCAGGGCCAGUGGUUGGAAGCAAACAGAGACCUAUCAUAGGGAUAGAUGGAGCUUUUUUAAAAUGGGAUAUAAAAGGGCAUGUUCUAGCUGCAGUUGGAAUGGAUGGGGACAAUAGGAUUGUCCCUCUUGCUUGGGCAGUUGUAGAAAUAGAAAAUGAUGAUAAUUGGGACUGGUUCUUGAGACAUCUCUCUGCAAGUUUGGGUCUGGUUACAAUGACACCUCUAGCUCUAAUUUUGGAUAAACAAUCGGGUUUAGUUAAAGCUAUCAGUAACAUCCUUCCACACGCUGAGCAUCGACAAUGUGCAAAGCACAUAAUGGAUAACUAG